AUGGAUAACGGCACUAUGGGUGCAAAGAGAACACCCCAGCUGGCUCAGGUGGAUACAAGUUUCAGAAGGACUGAAACACCCCAAACAACAGGAAGAUUUCCACUUUACAUAGCCAUCAACGAAUAUACCAAGAGGAUGGAGGAUGAGCUAGACAUGAAGCCCGGUGACAAGAUUCAAGUUAUCACUGACGAUGAGGAAUACAACGAUGGCUGGUUUUAUGGUCGGAAUCUGAGAACAGACGAAGAAGGUUUGUAUCCCAAAGUGUUUACACAGGAAAUUUCGUCUCCUUCACUCAUGAGGGCAAAAUCUGCAAAGCGUGUCGCUAGUCCUUUAGCAAAUGGUAGCACUACGAACCUGUCGACAUUUUCGAAUGACGGUUCUAUGAGCGAACUUCCUACUCCCCAACCCUUAGAGACAGCUGCCCCAGUAAAUUUGGCAAGUGCCACCAAACCCGUAGACCGGAAGAUUUCUGUGAAAACUACUAUGAGUGACAUUGAUAAAGCCCUGGAAGAGUUUAGAGGCGAAACUCUCGCAGAUUUGUCGCAUCAUACAACCGAAGAUAUAACUGCCAACACGACUGCUACUUCAGAAUUAUCGAACCCGCAAAUACGUGGUUCUAUGUCAGCUCAUUCCCUAACCAACGAUACAUCUUUUGGCGUAUCUUCAAUAAAUGGGAUAGAGACAACUGAACUUCAGCCUUCGAAUGCCAACAGUUGGACUCCAGAACAGGUGACAGCCUAUUUUAUAGCUUCAGGAUUUGACGUGGAAUCAUCUAGCAGAUUUCAGCAACACAAGAUAUCAGGUGCUAUUUUGAUGGAACUAGAGCUAGCCCACUUAAAAGAGUUAGAUAUCAAUUCAUUUGGAACAAGAUUCGAGAUAUUCAAGGAAAUUGAAGCCAUUAAGGAGAUUGUAAACACUAAGAAAUCGUCCAAAAGAACAAGCCAACUAAUGCCUGCCGCAGCUGUCAACCAAAGGUCUUACCUUGGUCACACUCGUAAAACUUCACAAUCACUUGAGGAAUUGCCUGCAAAGGCGUCCACUCCAUCCAAUACAGAAGAACAGCAAUCCUCAUCUAAGUAUAGACCACUUUCUUUGGCUUUGGGGCAGCAAAAUCUUGCACCAGAUUCUACCAAUCAAACGAAGGAGACAGGACUUGAUGACAAUAUUUUUCUAUCUCCACGAAAAGCUCCCAAACCUCCUUCAUACCCAAGUCCGGUUCAACCUCCACGAUCACCUGUGGCGCAAAACUACACACCCAGCCCAUCUACGUCGAACUUUGCUCAAGGCUAUAAGCAUCCGCCUCCUACUAUAUAUGAGCGCGCUACUCAACAUGGAUCUUCUUUUGGGAGUUCUGAGGAGUUGAAUACUCCAAGCUUCCAAUUUCCAAAAACGACCCCUCCUCAACCCAGCUCUGCCACACCCGUUAAAAUUUCGGACAAGAAGUAUACAGACGAUGAUUUCGAUGAGGAUUACAUGGUAAAGUCCCCAGAAAAUAUUGUUGGAAACCGUGGCUCGGUAAUCUACUCAGGCCAACAAGGUCAUCGAAAGACAAAGUCUGGCGGAUCAUUUGUGGAUCUAUUUAAUAGAAUUUCAAUGCUCUCACCUCAAGCGCAAAAUGGAGAAUUUAGCAAUUCUGAUCAAACUCCUCCCACUGAGAGCCAAUUUCAAAGGCCUUCUUCUAGUGUCUAUGAGCAUUCUAGAACGGCAUCUCCUCAUCAUAUCAAACAUCCAUCCCAAUUCUCUAAUACCGAGGUCAAAAAACACAGGAGAAACUCGUCGAUCCUAUCGUUCUUAUCAAACAAGCCUGAUGAUAUGGCAAGAGCAGUAUCUCCAAGCAAAAGAACUCAUUCAAGAAGCGCUUCUCGUUCUCAUAGUCGGAACAUGUCUGUAACUAACGGUUCUUCCAUGAAGCCACUUGCGCUAGAAAACAAACCUCCAUCCCCAAUCAAAAGACAGUCUAUGCUUGCCUCUCCUGCGAUACAGUCCCCCGCUUUAUCAAGUUCUCCAGAUAAAAAAGAUAAAAGAAGAUCUGUAAGCGCGAAGGAGCCAGCAAUCACAACAAAUGCUACAGAAAGCGACAUAUUCUUUGAUGCCAAAGAGGAAGUUCUUGAAGACAAGAAGAAUAAAAGAUCAGUGAGCGAUGCUAUGAAGACAAAAACGUUGCGCUCAAAGAAUGUGCCACGUAAGCAGAAAACAUCUGCUUUUAUGGAAGGUAUCAGAACAGUAUCUGUCCAAGAGGCGAUGAAAGAGGCCGAUUGUUCGGGAUGGAUGAGUAAGAAGGGUUCUGGUGCUAUGGGUGUAUGGAGAAACAGAUUUUUCACACUGCAUGGAACUAGAUUAUCAUAUUUUGCCAAUACAACCGAUACCAGAGAGCGCGGCUUAAUUGAUAUCACAGCCCACAGGGUUUUGCCAGCGAAGGAUGAUGAUAAGUUUGUUGCGCUAUACGCGGCUAGCACUGGCAAGGGUCGCUAUUGCUUCAAGUUACUCCCCCCACAACCUGGAUCCAAAAAGGGAUUGACAUUCACGCAGCCUCGCGUUCACUAUUUUGCUGUAGAAACAAAGGACGAGAUGAGAGCUUGGAUGGCGGCUCUUAUAAAAGCUACAAUUGAUAUUGACACCAGUGUACCCAUAAUAAGUUCUUGUGCUACUCCAACAGUGUCUUUGACAAAAGCUCAGGAAAUGCUGUUACAAGCUCGUGAGGAAACCAGGUUAAGGGAAGAACAGCGAUUCUUGAAUGAAGAGGACGAAGAUCAAAUGUUAUGGGAACAACAACAACAGCAUGCUGAACAAGAAACCCACGAUGGAAUCACGGAUGGAUCGACUCCUAAUUCUUCUAUGCAACAAAACACGACUCUAGGUUCUGGUUUUCAAAGUCCAUACCUAUUGGCGUCUGGUAUUCUUUCACCUGGCCCUCCCACGAAUAAUGGCAGAUUUUCCGACCAGAAUCAACCUGAUUAUUUCGGAUUGGAUCCAAAAUAUGUGGGUAAUAAAAUUUAA